GUGAGGGACCUCCGGCCACUGUCGGCCGCCGUCAAUCGCCGUCUGGAGGUACGCUUCCGCUCCUGGUAUCCGAAGGACGGGUUUGCGACUCUUUCUGGGUCUUCUGGCGGGUCGCCUCACUCUUCUGCGGUGGGGGUUGCCGUAGACCCUCAGGAAUGGAAGUGGAGAAUGGCCCCUUCGAGUGAGGAGAGCGAGUGAAGCACCGCCUCUCUAGGCUCUGGGGUCCGAGGUGGGCGUGAGCGAAGAUUUUAAUUUAAUUUGGAAAUGAGUAAGUGCAGAAAGCCACCACUGGGUUCAAGUACUGAGACAUUCAGCCCAGAUGUUGUUGCUGACAUUUUUGAACUCUUUGCCAAGAACUUUUCUUAUGGCAAGCCACUUAAUAAUGAGUGGCAGUUACCAGAUCCCAGUGAGAUUUUCACCUGUGACCACAUGGAAUUUAAUGCAUUUCUUGAUUUGAAGAACUCCCUAAAUGAGGUAAAAAACCUACUGAGUGAUAAGAAACUGGAUGAGUGGCAUAAGCACACUGCUUUUACUAAUAAAGCUGGAAAAAUAAUUUCUCAUGUGAGAAAGUAUAUGACUGCUGAACUUUGUACUCAAGCAUGGUGUAAGUUUCAUGAAAUUUUGUGCAGCUUUCCAGUUAUUCCACAGGAAGCUUUUCAGAAUGAAAAACUGAAUUCUCUACACCUUUGUGAAGCUCCUGGAGCUUUUAUAGCUAGUCUCAAUCACUACUUAAAAUCCCAUCGAUUCCCUUGUGAUUGGAGUUGGGUAGCUAAUACUCUAAAUCCAUACCAUGAAGCAAAUGACAAUCUUAUGAUGAUUAUGGAUGACCGACUUAUUGCGAAUACCUUGCAUUAUUGGUACUUUGGUCCAGAUAAUACCGGUGAUAUCAUGACCUUGAAAUAUCUGACUGGACUUCAGAAUUUCAUAAGCAACAUGGCCACUGUUCACUUAAUCACUGCUGAUGGGAGUUUUGACUGCCAAGGAAAUCCUGGUGAACAAGAAGCUUUAGUCUCUUCUUUGCAUUACUGUGAAGUAGUCACUGCUCUGAUGACUCUUGGAAAUGGUGGCUCUUUUGUUCUGAAGAUGUUUACUUUAUUUGAACAUUGUUCCAUAAACCUGAUGUACCUGCUAAACUGUUCUUUUGACCAAGUCCAUGUUUUUAAACCUGCUACAAGCAAGGCAGGAAACUCAGAAGUCUAUGUAGUGUGUCUCCACUAUAAGGGGAGAGAGGUAAUCCAUCCUCUGUUAUCUAAAAUGGUGCAGAAUUUUGGGAGUGAAAUGACCAGGAAAGCUCUUUUUCCUCAUCAUGUGAUUCCUGAAUCUUUUCUUAAAAGACAUGAAGAAUGUUGUGUGUUCUUUCAUAAAUACCAGCUAGAGACUAUUUCUGAGAACAUUCGUUUGUUUGAGUGUAUGGGAAAAGAGGAACAAGCAAGGCUGAAUAAGUUGAGAGACUGUGCUGUUGAACAUUUCAUGCAGAAGUACCAGUUGAAGCCUCUCUCCAGAAAUAAUUGGCUAGUUAAAAAAUCUAAUAUUGGUUGUAGUACAAAUACAAAAUGGUUUGGGCAAAGGAACAGAUAUUUUAAAACCUAUAAUGAAAGGAAAAUGCUAGAAACCCUUUCAUGGAAGGAUAAGGUGGCCAAAGGAUACUUUAAUAGUUGGGCCGAGGAACAUGUUUCAUAUCAUCCUGGGAAAAGUUCUCUUUUAGAAGGGACAGCCUCCAAUCUUGAGUGUCACUUAUGGCAUAUUUUAGAGGGAAAGAGACUGCCAAAAGUAAAGUGUUCUCCUUUUUGCGAUGGUGAAAUUUUAAAGGCUCUUAAUGAAGCAAUUGAAAAAUCACUAGGAGGAGCUUUGGAUUCAGAUUCCAAGUUGCGGCCAAAACAGCAUUGUUCUUCUUGUCAUGUUUUUUCUGAAGAACUGAUAUUUUCUGAGCUGUUUAGCCUCACCAAGUGCCUUCAAGAUGAGCAGUUUGUACAACCCAGCAGCCAAAUUAAGUGCCUGCUUGUAGGUUUUCCAACUCUUCCUGAUAACAAAAUGCAUAUACCAUUGGAAGUUCAGCUCCUUGAAUCAACCAAACUCAUGACUUUUACCAGUUCAUUGCUUCAUGAUGGAGACCCAGCUUACCAGCAGUUAUUUUUGGACUGCCUUCUACAUUCAUUACAGCAGCUUAAUAUAGGCGAUGUUAUGAUUUUGCCUAUACUUUCUUGUUUUACAAGGUUUAUGGCUGGUUUGAUCUUUGUACUCCACAGCUGUUUUAGAUUCAUCACGUUUUCUUGUCCCACAUCCUCUGUACCCCUAAAGACCUGUACAGUCCUGCUAUGUGUUGGUUACCAGGACCUUCCAAAUGCAGUUUUCCAGUAUCUGCAGAAUGUGAAUGAAAUGUUGAGUGUUUUGCUUAACUCUGAGGUACCCCAGCAAGUUUUACAGUUUGUGCCAAUGGAAGUGCUCCUUAAGGGGACACUACUUGAUUUCUUGUGGGAUUUGAAUGCUACCAUUGCUAAAAGGCAUUUGCAUUUGAUUAUUCAAGGAGAGAGAGAAGAAAUCAUCAGCAGCCUUUAG